AUGGAAAAGUCCAAAUCAGAGAAUGCGGAUAUGGCGGCAACGAACCGCGAAUUUUGGAACACUCACGGUACCAAAAUCUUCCAAAACCAGUGGGUUCUCAACAUGGCCAAGAAGAUUGCCGAUUCGCUGUCCGAGAAUGUCGAGUGGCUGGGAGUCCGCAGUCGAUCAGAGGGCAGCCCGCCCGUGAAGCUUCUGGACUAUGCGUGCGGCUUUGGCAUGGUCUCCAGCACGCUUCUAGGACACUUCGAUAUCGUCAGAGGCAUCGAUAUUUCAGACACCAGUGUUGCAGGAUACAACGAGAUUGCUCGAAAGUCUGGUGUUCCGGCUGAGCAGAUGGUCGCGGUCCAGGGCUCUAUCCCUUCGACAGAGACGGACACGGUGCUGGCAAAGAAGGAAUUCUUCGACUUUGAUCUUAUUGCAAUCAGCAUGGCUCUUCACCAUAUUGAUGACCGUGUCGGUGUCCUGUCUGGGCUCUACGAACGAUUGCGCAGCGGGGGUGUCUUGGUUGUUAUUGACCUGACCCCAGAGGCCGAUGCUCACGGCCACUCUCAAAGCCACGGUCAUGGACACUCGCACAAUCAUUCACAUGCCCAUUCCAAGGAUCACGUCCACGACCACUCAGCAGCUCAGCACACAAUCUCCAAGCACGGCAGUUUUGGACCUGAAGAUAUGAAGGCCCUCAUGGUCGAAGCUGGCUUCGUCCCUGAAAGUUUCGACUACAAACCGUAUCUCAAUACAACACCGGUCUUGUCCAAUAUUCCCGCGCAGGGCAGUUGCGAGAGUGCUAAGCUGAAGCCAUUCUUCAUUGCCAAGGGCAUGAAGCAAUAG